CCCUCGCCUCUCAUUACACCAACCACACAGCGUGCUCGCUUCCACACAACUUCGGGCGAGCGCAGCUGAGCUGCUCUCCGCGCCUCUCUAAAUACAAAGAUACGAGCGGUACACUUCUCUUGCAGGAAUGGCUGAAGCAUGGGAUUCUGGUGCCUGAAGUCGCCGAUUCGUUCUGUGAUUAUAACUGGACGCUUCUGUAUUAUGUUGGGAAAAGAUCAGUGAUUUGCUCUUUUUAAACUCUGAAUAUUUGAAGCGCGCUACUCUCUAUAUCCCGUGUGAUAUUACAAUGGGGUGCUGUACUGGACGAUGCACAUUGAUUUUUCUGUGCACUUUUCAGUUGCUGGCUGCACUGGAGAGACAGGUGUUUGAUUUCCUGGGUUAUCAAUGGGCACCAAUUCUGUGCAACUUCUUCCAUAUCAUCAUCGUCAUUCUGGGACUGUUUGGCACCAUCCAGUACAGGCCUCGGUACAUUAUUGUGUAUGCUAUCUGGGCAGCUCUUUGGGUCACCUGGAAUGUCUUCAUUAUCUGCUUUUAUUUGGAGGUGGGAGGUCUGUCAAAGGAGAGCGACCUUCUCACCUUCAACAUCUCGGCACACCACUCAUGGUGGAGUGAGCACGGCCCAGGGUGUGUGCGAAAGGAGAUGCCGGCGACAGGAGUCAAGAGCUUUGACAGCCAGUCCUACAUUUCGGUCAUGGGCUGCAUGGUGGAGUAUCAGUACAUCGAGGUCAUGCACAGCGCCUUCCAGAUCUUGAUAGCUCUUGUGGGGUUUGUCUACGCCUGCUAUGUCGUCAGCGCUUUCACUGAGGAAGAGGACAGCUUUGAUUUUAUUGGUGGAUUUGAUCCAUUUCCCUUGUACCAUGUCAAUGAGAAACCAUCCCAUCUCCUGUUAAAGCCAAUGUACCUGUCUACGUAAGUAAAGGAUCCAGAUUUUCAAGGAAGAUCUAAUGGAGAUAGACAGGGAGGAGUCAAGAAGGAUACAUUGGAGAGCUGAUGUAAAACUUACUUAGCGAAAAACACAAGGACAAUACAAAACAUUCCACAGUUUGGUUACUUGUCUUUUCAAUUUUAUAUAUAUACUGUAUAUUUUUAAUUAGAUUCUUUGUUGCAAGUAUGCUGCUUUAAAAGUACUGUAAUUCCAUAUUUUCUUGUGCUUCACAGUUGCUUGUCUAGCUUGUGGUCAAGCUUUAAAAAAUAACAAGGUUUUCAAGAAGACACUAGACACAGGCUAACUUUUCUUGCUGUUGACGCAAUGUAAAAUCUUUGGUCCUUUAUGGGGAAAAAGUACAAGUUUGCUUUAAUGCCUUGCCCUGCCCUUUUUGUUUAAUUGCUAUUCUCCUUGGUUUGCUGGUCCUGCAGACGUUGCUGCUUUUCAGCUGGAUAUUUUUAAGAGCAGCAAACGGCUGCAUUUGAAUCUGCAGUGCUGUUUUCUUUUUACUUUCACUUGGAAUGUGAAAUGGUAGUGGACUGUUGACUUCAUUGUGGGAUACAGUAACCUAUUGCUUGCUGUAAAUGGGGGACAAGCCCAAAUUAAAAACAAAAGGGCAGUUGAAAAUUAACGAAAUCUGAAGUGGUUGCUGUUUAAAACAGAAGGCAAAGCAUUCAGAUGUUGUAAAAGUGUUAAACCAUGCUCAUAUGCAAUACAUGUAUCUAAUUAAACACCAAAGUUCCACAUUUUAUAAAGUUCUGUUACCUUUACUCAUUACUUGCCCCUUACUUUUCUCUACUAGGCUUAUCCAGUAAUUCUUGGCUUUUAAACAUGGGACACUAGGGUGGUAAACAAUCUCUGAUUAAACUAGAGAGUUCUGUAGCUAAUGACAGGUGGCAUAUGGAAUCGUCUGUUCCAUCUUCCUUUAUUUGUUGCAAACCAGCAACGGUGAGUACAUUGUGGACUUGGAUGGUAAAAAUAAUUAACAUUAAGGACCGUUGGUUCUUGCUCUGUGCAGAGAGCCCAAGCAUUUAUAAUCAUAGUAACUACAAGGGCGAUAAAAAGAAAUGUUUGUGUAUGUUUCUGGUGAACGUUGUAAUCUCUAGCUGAUAUACUAAGGCCAGCGUGUAUUGAUAGAAUACCAUGCAGUCUUGUAAAGUUUUUGACAUGCCUUGCAAGACUCGCUUGAAAUGUUUUAAGUUCUCUUUAUAGAGGUCUCACCAAGUGCCACAGGCACCCACACUUUCAGCUGAUUUUCUGUUUCAAGAGCAAGCUGUGCACUCUUGACAUAUAUUAAUGGAUAGAUGAUGAAUCAUUCUAGAAUACAGCUGUUAAAUACAAAAAUAAAGUGAGCAAAUAUUUGACCUUCACUGAAGUAUAACCUCACUAUUACAUUAAUAUAGAACAAUAUUUUCGUUCUUCCCAAACAGGUUGAUAAUUGACAGUUACAGUAUCUCUGUCAGCAACUUGUAUUUAAUGAGCACUUUGAGAUUCUACAGAACCUGGGGCAAGCAUUAAUCUGAGAAUAAAUCUGAUACAUAUAUUUGUUACAGUUUCUAGAAGGUUAAUGGAAGAAGACAGAAUGUUUAAAGACUUGGAAGUAUUAUAUAAAUACUCUUUCAAAGAUAUUCCAAAAGAGUUUAGAAACUAUUUCCUCAGAUAUUUCUACAGAGGAUGGAUUUGGUGACGUUUUUAGCCAAGGUUGUGCAAUAGUACAUAUGUUUGAUAGCACAGAAUCUAAUCUAACAUUUCAGCACCCAUCAAGAACAGUAUUUUUUGUACACAGCACAAUAUCUUCUUUGUUGUACGGGUUACAAUCGUCUGUUCCAUAGUCCAUUACUGACCCCUAGUGUUGAAUAUAUGUAGAGUUUACAAAUUUGUGCGUGGUUUUCAAAGAACUCCAUUCAGUAUUUGUGAUGGUGUUGAUGUUUCAUAAUAAUAACAGCUUACAUUUUUAUAGCACUUUUCAUAUUAAAGAAUCCCAAAGCAACUUACGUACAUGAGGGGACCCACUACUGAACUGUAGCACCACUUUUGUGCUUGCAUCACCACUACACAGCAAAUCGGGUACAGGAGACAGAAAUUACUUUGCCAGCUGAACUAGGUGUUAGAUUUUCUGAAGCCAAGUUGUACAAAAAUAAGAUGUGAUUUACCCAGGAGAAAGGUAUUAACAUUCCAACCUGGUUUACCUUUUUUCCCAUUAGGUUGUGUGCUGUAUAGCCUAAUGUAUAAGCAAAAUGAAACUGGAAAAGCAUAAAACACAAUCAACAUCCCUACAAUAAUGACUUGUCAAACAGCACAGUAUGAGAAGCAACUAUAAUAUGCUGAAAAUUCUAUGAGUUUUAAUUCUUGUUAGGCUGUUUAUAAUUACAAAUAUUAUCAGAUUGUUUUACUGUGUUGUGUACAGUAUUCUUUAUUUAUUAUAAGUGGCAUUAUCCUUGUGCAAGAUAGAUGAUAAAAGUACAAAUGUGCAGUAUAUCAUUCUUGUACAAAGGCUAAACCCUGAAAUAGAGCAGAAGUCAGUUAGAUUUUACUGCCAUCACAUGAAAUCUGUAUCUAAGUCUAGCUCUAAACUUAAGGUAAUUCCUAUUCUGAGUGACCUCUUGAAUGAAGCCUACUGUCAUUCCUUUCAGCUUCAUCUAUGAUUUUUUCAAUAAAACAAAACCUUAACAAGGGUAAUUCCAACCUCAAAUUAGGAAAAGAAUAAUGUACAGAUUGGUAUUUAAAUUCUUCAGACCGAGGGUACAAUGCAACAUUGAAAUGUAUAAAAUGAAACAAUAAAAACAGGCUAAUUUGGAAGAGUGAUACAAAUUUAUUAUAGCAUCAGUAGUAGCAACUUUAAAGGAAUUCCCUUUUUAAACAUGUAAACCUAUCAGAUAUCACUUAAAACAGGGAGGUACCUCUAGAAAACUUUUUAGGUAGAAGAUGAGAUCCACAGCUUUUUCCUUUCUUUUUAAAUCUAGAUGUUGUUUCGAGUGACAACAAUCAUUGAUAAUAGAUAAAACAUCUUCUGCCCACUGAAUCUAUAGUUAUCACACAAAAUGCAUUGUUUAAAAUGAGCAUGACUGGUACCUUUGCCUAUGUGUGCACGCUUGGUAGAACCUGAAUCUACCUCUCUCUGUUUAGAUGUAAUACAUUACUACUGGGUUGGCUACCAUCAACAAAAAGCAAAAUAAAAAACAAUGCUCUUUCAAAUUCUGUGAUUCACAUUGUUUACUUCAGUGAGUGAUUGGAGCUGUAACAAAUUGCAGACUGCAAGCAAGGAAAAGACAAGUCAUGUUUAUAACAAGGUAUUGACAGUUAGCUUGCUUAAGUUCACUUACCUCACAUCUAACAGCGUACUGAAUAAUAAGUCUACAGAAUGUUGAUUUCUGUCUGUUCAUCCAUGCAUCUGUCUGACUGAGAUAAAGGGAAAGAUUGGCCAUUGGCCUUCUUGUUUUUAUCUAAUGUGUUAAAUGGGAAACAUAAUCAAAAAUCUCUUUAGAGUGGAUUGUCUCUCGCCAUACAAGUCACUACUGCUUUGUACAGUAUAUUCCAUCCAGGAGGGUGUGCUCUUUGCUUGUGUACAAUGAAGUAUGACUCUAAUUGUUUCACACAUUUCUAAAGAUCUGCUUACCCAUGCAGUCUUUAUAUAUUAUAAAAUAUUUUGAGAACCUUCCCCAAAUCGUGUGCUUGCUGAUCAAUUGAUUUAAUGAACAACAUUCUUUACGGGUUUGGUAUUCCAUUUUAUGGAGCAUUUCUACGAGAGUAUUGAAUGUUAUUUUUAUGUUUCUAUGUUGUUACUUGCAUCUUUUGUGGUAUUUUACUUACAACAAGCACUCAGACAUAUGAAGCCAGCAGCUAACAAGUUUUCUGGCUAUUGUGUAUUCAUUGGAAAACUACACAGCAGCUGACUUCACAGUUCUUUGGGGUGGUUUGAAUGAAUGUGGGUUAAGUUCAUUUAGUAAAAGAAUGAAAGUUUGCUUGAGUGCAUUAGUGCUCUGUUAAAAUGUGUAGAUUUACAUCAUUUGUACUUCUAAGGUAAAUUUCUGCCUCCAAAUAUGUUUGUAACACAUUGGUUAACUUAACAAAAAAAUCUCUCAUUUUUCAAACAUGCGUUUCACUCUGGUAUUCACAUUUGUACCCUGUAGUCUCAUUGUAAUGUACCUUCCUAUAAGUGUUCCCAGUCGGAUGAGAAUGGUGGUUUGUGUUCAGAAAUGUAAAUAGUCAUUUGUUAAUAAACUGUGUACUUUUAA